UAUGUCAAUGUCAAACUUAUAUUUCAUAAAUUUCUUGCUUACUUGUUUUGCUUCCAAUUCUAGUUAAACUUGGAAAACACCGUUAAUAAAAAGUUAAAAAAUGACCAUUAUUGUUGUAUCUGGAUUGCCUCCCAAGUGGGACAUGAAGACAUUAAUGAGAAAAUUAAUACAGGCAAUAAGAGGGAAGUAUGAAGUGCUCAUAAUAAAAUCUACCAAAACAACCAGAUUUGGAUAUGUACGCUUGUCAGAAAUGCUUAACCCUGAUUUCGUAGUGAAUAAAAUAAACUCUACUAUGUUUGGCAAAGUCCAACUAAGUGCAAAGAUACCCGAAACUGAGCCAAUAUUACCCAAAGCAAUAAAGCCUAUUGGAUUGCCGACGCCUCUUCGCAGGGCUUACGGGAUUUGUAAUGAAAGUUCAUUGGGAGAGGUGCUACUCGCUGCACAUACAGAGAUAUUGCAGGAAUUGCAAUCGAAAUAUGCAGGUUUACAUAACCUCAGUAGCACAACUGGCCAUAAACUUCUGGAAACACUCGCUAAGGAGUUAUUCAGUAGGCUACGUUGGCUUAUGAUGAAUGUUAGCGAUGUGAACACUUGCUUCAAACUAACAAAGCAGUACAGGAAGCUGCACCCGCAUCACUGUGACUUCGGCAUGAUUCAGUCAACUUAUAAUGAAAUAGAAAGGUCAGCGGGCAGAUCUCCAAUUAUAUUGGUACAGGACGACCUUGUCACACCCACGGACAGACCUUAUGUUCUGUCUAACAUGCCGUUGGACAAAGUGCAAGUGAUCUGCACAAAGUAUGCGAAGGCUAUAAGCCUUAAGCUCCAAAACCAUAUAAAAAAUCUGAACACAACGACCAGUGAAGAGCCCAUGGAGGAGGAGAUGGCCGUGCAGAGAGUCCGGCAGGAGAUGAAGAAGAUCAUCCCUUAUAUACCUAUGAUGGUGCAGAUAGUUGUGAAGGACAACAUUUUGCAGAAGAAGAGUAUGUACUAUAAAGUGAGAAUCUACGGGGAGCCGUUCCUGCCCAGCAAGGACCUGAUGAUGAAGUUCCUGAAGAAGUACCUAGCGGUGAGGGUGUACCGCAGCGACCGCGCCUUCAACCUCAUGUACUGCAAGGUGCCGCUCACCACGCUGCCCAAGUUCGCAGAGGCCGACGGCACUAAUAUAUGCGGGGCGAUAAUGUACAUCCGUUUGUCUGACGUCGAGUACUACAAGGUGCCGAACUCUAUGAUCGAAGAAAUGUUGUCCUUCAACCCCAAACCGGAGAGGACAAUGCCCAUACACUCGCACGGACACGACGAUUAUGAAACUGAAUGGAACGAAACUUGGUAGAUUUAACUCUUAAUAAACUAUUAAUACUG